AGCAAGUCGUCGCAAGCCAGCCUACAAUCGAGCCGUACUUUCGAGCUUGCUGUUGGGGCUGUUCGAUCCGGCGAGUCACGGUCGCUACCUUCACAUCGCCAUGUAUCGCAACCAGUACGACAAUGAUGUUACCGUGUGGAGCCCCCAGGGCAGGCUUCACCAGGUGGAGUAUGCCAUGGAGGCUGUGAAGCAGGGCUCGGCCACCAUCGGCCUCAAGAGCAACACCCACGCCGUGCUGCUGGCCUUGAAGAGGGCCUCCUCCGAACUGUCGGCCCACCAGAAGAAGAUAAUCCCGAUUGACAACCACGUCGGGGUUUCCAUCGCGGGCUUGACGGCCGACGCCCGCCUGCUCAGCAAGUUCAUGCGCUCCGAGUGCCUCAGUAACCGCUACGCUCAUGACACGCCACUGCCCAUCAGCCGACUUGUCACGCUGCUCGGAAACAAAAUGCAGGUGUGCACUCAACGCUACGACCGCCGUCCUUAUGGAGUCGGUCUUCUGGUGGCUGGAUAUGACGACAUGGGCGCACACAUCUACCAGACCUGCCCGUCGGCAAACUUCUUCGACUGCAAGGCCAUGGCAAUAGGGGCUCGCUCUCAGUCAGCCCGCACAUACCUGGAGAAGCACUUGGACGAGUUCAAGUCGUGCAACCUGGAGGAGUUGGUGAAGCAUGGGUUGCGGGCGCUGCGCGACUGCCUUCCCAAUGAGGUGGAACUGUCAACCAAGAAUGUGUCGAUUGCCAUCGUGGGCAAGGACCACGACUUCACCAUCUACGAUGACGAUCGUGUGGCCCCCUAUCUGGCUUCAAUUGAGGGUGAAGACGACCGCCGACAGCCACCUGGUGAUGACGAUGCGCCCCCACCUGCCGCUCCUGCAGCGGAGGACAAGGGCCCAGCCGACCCCGUAGUGGCCGUAGCCACUGAGGAACGCAUGGAGCAUUGACAUUUCCUUCUUUCACUGUGGGUUCACGUACACGACUUCUUCUGGCUAAUAAAUGGUCUUAC